AUGCGGGACCCGCGGGGCGCCGUCAGUUCCUGCAGCAGCAGCCGCCGCCGCCCUGCAGCAGCAGCCGCCGCUAGGCCUACAGCAGCACCCGCCGCCAGGGUCUGCAGCAGCAGCCGCCGCCAGAGCCUGCUGCAGCAGCCGCCGCCAGGGUCUUCAGCAGCAGCCGCCGCCAGGGUCUGCAGCAGCAGCCGCCGCCAGAGCCUGCAGCAGCAGCCGCCGCCAGAGCCUGCAGCAGCAGCCGCCGCCAGAGUCUACAGCAGCAGCCGCCGCCAGAGUCUGCAGCAGCAGCCGCCGCCAGACCUGCAGCAGCUGCCGCCACCGACCCAGCAGCAGCAGCCGCCGCUCUAUCAGCAGCAGCAGCCGCCGCCGCUCUGCCGCAGCAGCUACCGCCGCCCAGCUGCAGGUGCCGCCCCUGGACCCCAGAAGCCGCCCCUGGACCCGGUACGCCUUGUGCUGCCCGUGCCUGUGCUGCCCGUGCCUGUGCUGCCCGUGCCUGUGCUGCCCGUGCCUGUGCUGCCUGUGCCUGUUGCUGCCCGUGCCUGUUGCUGCCCGUGCCUGUGCUGCCCGUGCCUGUUGCUGCCCGUGCCUGUGCUGCCCGUGCCUGUGCUGCCCGUGCCUGUGCUGCCCGUGCCUGUUGCUGCCCGUGCCUGUGCUGCCCGUGCCUGUGCUGCCCGUGCCUGUGCUGCCCGUGCCUGUGCUGCCUGUGCCUGUUGCUGCCCGUGCCUGUGCUGCCCGUGCCUGUGCUGCCCGUGCCUGUGCUGCCCGUGCCUGUUGCUGCCCGUGCCUGUGCUGCCCGUGCCUGUGCUGCCCGUGCCUGUGCUGCCCGUGCCUGUUGCUGCCCGUGCCUGUGCUGCCCGUGCCUGUGCUGCCCGUGUCUGUGCUGCCCGUGCCUGUGCUGCCUGUGCCUGUUGCUGCCCGUGCCUGUGCUGCCCGUGCCUGUGCUGCCCGUGCCUGUUGCUGCCCAUGCCUGUGCUGCCCGUGCCUGUUGCUGCCCGUGCCUGUGCUGCCCGUGCCUGUGCUGCCCGUGCCUGUGCUGCCCGUGCCCGUGCUGCCCGUGCCUGUGCUGCCCGUGCCUGUGCUGCCGGUGCCUGUGCUGCCCGUGCCUGUUGCUGCCCGUGCCUGUGCUGCCCGUGCCUGUGCUGCCCGUGCCUGUGCUGCCCGUGCCUGUGCUGCCUGUGCUUGUUGCUGCCCGUGCCUGUGCUGCCCGUGCCUGUGCUGCCCGUGCCUGUGCUGCCCGUGCCUGUUGCUGCCCGUGCCUGUGCUGCCCGUGCCUGUGCUGCCCGUGCCUGUUGCUGCCCGUGCCUGUGCUGCCCGUGCCUGUGCUGCCCGUGCCUGUGCUGCCCGUGCCUGUGCUGCCUGUGCCUGUUGCUGCCCGUGCCUGUGCUGCCCGUGCCUGUGCUGCCCGUGCCUGUUGCUGCCCGUGCCUGUGCUGCCCGUGCCUGUUGCUGCCCCUGUCGCUGA